AUGGGUACAGGCAAGAAGGAGGCCGCCCGUAAAGAGCGGCAGGGCAAGACGAACGAUGGCAUGGGCAACGUCAAGACCAAGGGCGAGAACUUCUACCGCAGCGCCAAGCGGGUGAAGACGCUCAAUAUGUACAAGGAUGGCAAGGCCCAGCGCAAUGCAAAGGGAGACAUCACAAAGGCCGCUUCAUACCAGAGCAGAGAAAAGCCGAGCGCGCGCAUCGAGCCCAACCGCAAGUGGUUCACCAAUACCCGAGUCAUCUCGCAGGAUGCGCUGAAUGCUUUCCGUGGUGCUGUGGAUGCGCAAAGCAAAGACCCAUACAGCUACCUGCUCAAGCAGAACAAGCUGCCCAUGAGCUUGAUCCACGACAACAAGGACAAGGAGCGAAAGGACGGCCUCAUCCAGCAUCGCGCCAAGAUUCGAAUAGAGGCCGAGAAGUUUGGCGACACAUUUGGACCCAAGGCACAACGGAAGCGGCCACGACUAGCUGUGGCUAACCUUGAAGACCUUGCCUCAGCUACCACUCAGGACUACAGUACUUUCGAGCAGAGGCAAGAGGAGGCACGUGAAUUAGCAGGUGUCAAGGAAGAUGAAGACACUGGCUUCACGCAGACCGACAACAAUGGUGAGCUGACCACCGCCCGAGAACCGGUCUUUUCGAAAGGUCAAAGCAAGCGAAUAUGGAACGAGCUCUAUAAAGUCAUCGACAGCUCAGAUGUUGUCAUCCAUGUCUUGGAUGCCCGAGAUCCGCUUGGCACGCGAUGUCGAAGCGUCGAAAAGUAUAUCAAGGAGGAGGCGCCACACAAGCACCUGCUGUUCUUGCUGAACAAGUGCGAUUUGGUGCCAACGAGUGUUGCGGCCAAAUGGGUCAAGAUGCUAUCAGCAGAAUAUCCCACCCUCGCUUUUCAUGCCUCCAUGACCAACAGCUUCGGCAAAGGCACUUUAAUAUCUCUCCUUCGACAAUUCUCCUCAUUACACAGCUCGCGCAAACAAAUUUCAGUCGGCUUCAUCGGAUAUCCUAACACCGGCAAAUCCUCCAUCAUUAAUACCUUGCGGAAGAAGCAAGUCUGCACAACAGCACCGAUUCCGGGUGAGACGAAAGUCUGGCAAUACAUCACACUCAUGAAGCGCAUCUACCUCAUUGAUUGUCCCGGCAUCGUUCCUCCAUCAGUGACAGACACACCAGAGGAUAUCCUGCUCCGUGGCGUGGUCCGAGUGGAAAAUGUCGAGAAUCCAGCACAAUAUAUUCCUGCCGUACUUUCAAGAUGCAAACGACAUCAUUUGGAACGGACGUACGGGAUGAAAUGGACCUCGUCUCCAGACGAGAAAGACUUUUCUGAGAAGGCUGAGAAGGAGCGGACACAAGAAGGCAUCGCAUUCCUGGAGGCACUGGCGAGAAAAGGUGGUCGGCUUCUCAAAGGUGGCGAGGCAGACAUGGAUGGAGUGGCGAAGAUGGUCCUGAAUGACUUUUUGAGAGGCAAAAUCCCAUGGUUCACGCCUCCACCUGUAGCUGAGGGCGAAGAUGCUACGGAGAAAGAUGGCAGUCGAGAUGAGAAAUUGGGGUUCACACAUAAGAAGCGCAAGUUUGAAGAGAGUGAGGCCGCAAAGGAAGAAGCAGAAAAGGAGGCUGCUGAGUAUAGAGAAGGCGACGAUGACUUUGAAGGAUUUGACGAGGAUGCCGAGGAUAGCGAGGAAGAUGCUGAUGGUGAUGCCGUUGGUGGCAUUGCAUUAGAUCCUGGCGAAAGCAGUGGAGAGGAGGAAAACGAAGAGGAGGAAAAUGAAGAGGAGUAA